AACAAAAUUUCCGAGUCAAGCUAGGAUAUGUGAAGCCCAUGUAUGACCAUGCAUGAGCAACGAGAAUUAAUCUGAAGCUGGAACCGCGUUAUACACGCACUGACGACAAACAUUCCCGACAAGGACCAUGUCCGCCGACUUCUGGGCCGGUUACGUCUCCGGCGCCGUGAGCAUCCUCGUCGGCAAUCCGCUCGACAUAAUCAAAACCCGACUCCAAGCCGGCGGGAAUGCCUCACUCAUCCCCACAACCACAUCUGCCGCCUCCUCGACCACGACCACCCCUCUUCUCCAACACGCCCAAUCUACUCUCCGGCCAAAUACUUCCCUCACAACCCACUGGUCCAACCUCGUCCGGGGCUCUGCCGCUCCGAUUCUCGGCUACGGCGCCCUCAAUGCUCUCCUGUUCAUGACCUAUAACCGCUCGUUGUCACUGCUUCAGAACGGGACCCUUGAUCCCUCGCCGCCGGGAAGCGCCUCGAACCUCAACAUCUUCGCGGCAGGCGCACUCGGCGGACUCGCGACGUUCGUCGUCUCCGCCCCGACGGAACUCAUCAAAUGCCGGGCGCAGAUCAGCCGGGUUUCGUCGGGAGAGGUCGCGAGGGAGCUGUGGAGGAGGGGAGGAUUGAAGGGCGUGUAUCUCGGAGGCGGAAUCACGAGUCUGAGGGAUGCGGUCGGGUAUGGUUUUUAUUUCUGGUCAUAUGAACUCAGCAAGACCUGGCUCACUCGGCCCGACGACACCGACAAUUCCGCCGCCGUCAAAGUCAUGCUCUGCGGCGGUCUGGCAGGUGUCGUGACCUGGGCGUCCAUCUUUCCUCUCGACGUCAUCAAGACCCGCAUCCAGACCUACGACCUCCUCCCGCCAACUUCAGCAGCAGCGACAUCGACAUCGAGACCCACACCGUCAUCAUCACCGCCAACACCCAUAUUAAACCCACGCGCCUCCGCCCUGCAGAUCGCCCAACAGGCCUACCGCACCGAAGGUCUAGGCGUGUUCUUCCGGGGUCUCGGGGUCUGCAGCAUCCGGGCCUUCGUGGUGAACGCGGUGCAAUGGGCGAUCUACGAAUGGAUGAUGAAGGAAUUGACGCGGGAGUCGUGA